GAAACAGAGCCAACGACUAGAGAGAGAGAAGAGAAAAGGAAUUUUGAAUUUUGUGAGAGAGGAUGGCAGAAUUGAGGGUGAAUGUUGAAGAAGAAUUAUUAUAUUCAGUAUCUGAGAUUAUAUACUGCAGAAUUUGUCACGAAGGAGAGUUCGAAAGUUGUAAAACCUUGGAAACUCCAUGUUCUUGUUCUGGAACUAUCAAGUUUGCUCACAGAGAUUGCGUACAGAGAUGGUGUGAUGAGAAGGGAAACACUAAUUGCGAACUUUGUCUCCAGAAAUUUGAACCUGGGUACUCAGUCCCAACCCCACCCCCAAAAAAGGUCGACGACACUCGUGUCACAAUUCGAGGAAGCUUGGAAGUUCCAAGUCCAAGCACAGAAGAUGGUGAUGAAGAAGAAAGAUUGGUUGAAAGAGAAUAUGCAGAGUGCUCAUCAGCUGCCGAUACAACAGCUUCUAUGUGCAGAACAGUUGCUGUCAUCUUUACGGUACUUCUACUGGUGAGACAUUUUCUUGCAGUGCUAAUGGGCGAAACAGGGGAUUACCCAUUUACGAUCCUAACAUUGCUAGUUAUAAAGGCUAGUGGGAUAUUACUUCCAAUGUACAUAAUAAUGCGGGUGAUUGAUGUGGUCCAUAACAGCAUCAAACGUCAAAAUCAGGAUCAGGCUGGUUCAACUUCUAACAAUCAAACAUCAUCAUCGAGUUCCCAGCCCCAGGAGGAAGGACAGGACAAUGUAUAGUUUACAUACACAAUCCAGCAAAUUACAUCCAUUCAUUCAUUCAUUUAUAUUUUCUUUUAUUUUUUACAAAAGAAGCAAAAAAAGAAAAAGCUCAACUUCCAUUUCUACAACCAUCGCUGUAUGUAUUGUAUAUGUAUAUUAACGAAUGUACCCAUGAGAUAGUGUCUGUGAAGGAAAAGAGAAUGAAUGUAAACAAACAGCUAGACCAAGAAAACCAAAAUGUAGACCAAUGUACGUACACCUAGGAAGUAGAAAUGGUUGUUGAGAAAUAAACAUAUGCC